CAUUUCUAGUGUUCGACUUAUUACGUGAACGAACUGUCUAGUUUUAUAAAGGCGUGAAAAUGUCAGAGAACGCAGAGAAUAAACAGAACGAAAAGCAGAUAUUGUCAGAAAAAGAAUCUGAAGUGGAUGAAGAGCUAAAUACCCUUUUGGAGAGUGCCUUAAAAGACUUUGAAAAACCACAAGGAGCAGAAAGUUCACCUAAGAAAAAUGUCAAACAUGUCCCCCCUGGAGGUGACCAGGUUGAUCCCAUGUCUGAGAUGUUUGCCGAGGAAUUCUCAGAUGAAAUGGCGAAACAGUUCCAGGAAACAAUGAAAGGUCUGCUGGGAAAUGAUCCCAAAAUGAAGGAGCAAAUUGAAAAAUUGGCAGAAGCUGCAGAAAAGACAGAUGGGGCACAAGGAUCAGAGGACUUUGCUAAAACUUUUGCUAGCACAAUAGAAAGCAUGACAGAAAAUCUGGAUGGAUUGCAGGGUGACAUGAAUGAUGAGGAUUUGCUGAAGGCCUUCACCAGCAUGGGUAUGGAGGAAGAGGGGGAAGGCUUUAUGCCAAUGAUGCAGGGGAUGAUGAAGACUCUUUUAUCCAAAGAAAUACUCUAUCCCUCCCUGAAGGAGCUCUCACAAAAGUAUCCAAAGUGGAUAGAAGAAAACAAGAAUAAAGUGGAAGCCCAACAGAUGACAAAGUAUCGGGAACAUGAUCGGAUAGUACGGGAAAUCUGUGUCGAGUUUGAAGCAGAGCAUGUUUCAGACACAGAGGAUGUCAAAAAGUUAAGAUUUGAACGCAUAGUGGACUUAAUGCAACAGAUGCAAAAUAUGGGGCAGCCACCUAAAGAAAUAGUGGGGGAUAUGGCACCAGGGUUAGAAUUUGAUGAGAAUGGAAUGCCAAAAAUGCCCAAUGGAUGUCCGAUGAUGUAACUGUGAUAUAAAUAAGUACUGUAAUCAGAGAACUUGUGAUCAGGUGUGAUUAUGUAAUAUUUGAGAAGCUGAGAGGUCCUUGUGUGAUUAGGGUAAUGAUUUCCAAGAGUGUUUUCGAAGUCUAGAUGUGAGUGCAAUAAUUUCUUUUAAAAAUGUAUUUGAGAGAGAGAGAGAGAGAGAGAGAGAGAGAGAGAGAGAGAUUUACCAAUAUUUUGAUAAUGUUUUAUUAGCAUUGAAAAAAAUCAUAACACUGUUAUUUAUCCCUUAUUUUAUGAUCAUUGUUAUUCUUACCAUUUGUCAUUUGUUUUGUUUCUCAUGAAUAGUAUGCCUAUAAUGAGUUUGUGAUUGAUAGAUCAGGUCUUAAUUUUAUAAUCAAAAUAUCUAAUGCAUAUGA